AUGCCUGGUUCGGGGUACAUCGCGGCCUUCAACGACCCUGCCGUCGCCGCCGGUACAGGGUAUGGGGACUUCGGACACACAAGCAUUGCCGUUAAAGUCGAACCUGCAGAUGCUAUUGGCGAGCGGCUUCACAAAGAGGCAGGAGAGCACGAAGACGUCAGAUCCACGAGCACUACCAGUGAGAGGGAGCCUCCAGAUGUCAUUGGUGAACAGAGUCGUGAAGGUCGUGCCGAAGGACCAGCUGAAGGUGCUACAGAAGAUGUGGCCCCGUAUCCAACAGGAGGCUAUCUAGACUACGAGUCCUCGGAGGAAGCCACUCGUUGCGAGCUUUGCCAGCAGCUCUUCAACACCCAGCGUCGCCUGCUCCAGCACUCCGUCGUCCACUCACAGGAGUUGCCAUUCUGGUGCGACUACUGCGGUGCCGCUUUCGCACGCCAGGAGGACAAGGUGGAACAUGAAGACGCGCAUGUCGACAAGUGGCGGUACCGCUGCUUGCUGUGUCUCAAGUUGUGCGCCCGCCGGUCCGAGCUCAGAGAGCAUGUGCUUGUCCACUCUGGACAGGCUGGAUAUCAGUGCCCCACGUGCCCUUAUGUGUUCCCCGUCCGGCAGCAUCUGAACAUGCACUUGCGCAGCCACAGCAAUGAACGCCCCCAUGUGUGCGACCAGUGUGGCGCCACCUUUGCCCACAGGGCAUCGUUGGUGAGGCACAUAAAGACGCACAAAGGCGAACCAGAGUUCAAGUGUGAGCUGUGCCCCAAGGCCUUCUUCCAGCGGGGCCCCUUAACCAACCACCAGAGGACGCACACUGGAGAGCGGCCAUUCACCUGUGACAUUUGCAGGAAGAGUUUCGUGCAGCAGGUUCACAUGGUCAUGCACCGGCGAAAACAUUUGAUACAGGUCACCCUCGAGCAGCUGAACAAGUAG